AUGCUCGCUAAAACUUUGGCUUUGUUAUUCUUUGCCGUGCAAACUUGCGUUAGGGCCCAAAGUCUCGAAGUUCCGCAAGUCGAACCUAUUACCACUGAAACCACUGUAUUCUCGAGAGGACCGGGACAGAUCACUACAACUUAUUCCACGGAAGUUGUGACUGACGAUGGCACCAUUCCAACCGUUAUGACUAUCUACUAUGUCCAGAUCCCUUAUUUUGAUGAUGACGAUUAUGUUACUGAGGAGACCAUCGUGACCACUGAAUACACAGUGUGGACAGGCACUUAUACUACUACAUAUUCCACUGAGGUUUUGACUCUAAGCGGUGGCCCUAUACCGACUGUUAAAACCAUUUACAAGGUGCAGACCCCAGACACGUCAGAUGAUGGCGGGGAUGAUGGCACUGAAACCACGACCACCACUGAAACCACAGAGUAUACUGUAUGGACUGGAACGUACACCACCACUUAUUCUACCGAUGUGCUAUCUGAAACCGGUGAUGAUGGUAUCGCUACCGUCAAGACGAUUUACAAGGUGCAGACUCCAGACGGCACAGAUGAUGAUGGUGGUGCCGAUGAUGAAACUACCGCUACCACUGAAACUACACAAUACACUGGCUGGACUGGUGCUUACGCUACUACUUAUUCCACUGACGUCUUGACUGAAACCGGCGAAGACGGUUAUCCGACUAUCAAGACUAUCUACUUAGUCCAAACACCUUUAUCUUUCUCGAAUACAACAGAUGGCGAUGAUGAUAAGACUUCAGAUGAUAAUGGUGAUGAUAACACUACUGAUGACGAAGGCAGAACCACCCUUGAGCCACCAACCACCUCUACAGACACUACGACUGAUCAAGAUGACAAUAAUAAUGGAGGACAAACUUCAACUCCGUCAGGUUUAACAUCGGACUCGACCUCAUCAAGAGUUUCUACUGAUGGUCCAGGCACCACAUUUGAAGGUGGUGCUACAAGGGUACUAGCUACUUCUGUCUUUGUUGUAUUGUUGGCUCUAUUAUGA